AUGCCGAUUGCUCUUCUAAAAUUCCCUUACGAUCUUCUUGGAGAAGUUUUUAAACAGUGUAAUCCUCUUGAACUGUAUUUCUUGUCAAAAUGCUCGAAGAAAGCUCAAAAGACUGUCAAGUUGGGAGGCAGUAUGAACUGGAAAAUUUGCUAUUGGGGCAGGGAGCAGAUACUUAUAUGGCGAGAUGACUUGAAUUAUAUUUUCGAUCCAACUGACAAACCAGAAGAUUAUUUUAAAAUAGAAUCUUGCGAAAGUAUGAAGAUUCCAAAAGAAGGGGCUUUCGAUAUGUUCUUCUAUCUAAUCGAAACUUUUGGAAUGUUGGGCGAGGAUGAUUACAUUUUCAUGUGCGACGCAGUCAAAGUCUAUAAGGAUGAUGGCACGGAAGCGUGGUUGGAUGUGGAGUUAGGAGACGUUUCAAAACUGGAAUUUUUAGUAUGGGACCCAGACAGAGACAUGUGGGAAGAUGAGGAAUUAGUUCCGAGUGAUGAUGAGAGGUAUGAAGAUGAAGAGUUUGACGAUGAAGAGUUUGACGAUGAAGAGACGGAAGAUGAAGAACCUGAUGAAGAAGAAUCAGACGAGGAAGGAUUUGAUGGUGAAGAACCUGAAAGUUGA